UACAUGCCGCAUCAUCCCGUCAUAAAGGAGUCGAGGGUUACAACGAAGUUAAGGGUUGUGUUCAACGCAUCUGCAAAAACCACCUCUGGUAAUUCACUAAAUGACGCCUUGUUUGUGGGACCGCAAUUACAACAAGACUUGGUCGCGAUACUGAUGCGUUUCAGAACACAUCGGUAUGCUGUAACCGCAGGCGUCGCAAAGAUGUACCGCCAAGUUUGCGUAUCAUCAAAGCACCUUGAUUUACAACGUAUCGUUUGGCGCAAUGAUCCGUCUUUACCCAUCCAAGAUUACAGAAUGUUACACGUCACUUACGGAGUAGCGGCUGCAUCGCAUCUAGCCGUUAAAUCGCUGCAACAAACUACAAAAUAUUCCAGUAACAAGUCUGAGCAGCCUGCUAAGGUAAUCCUCAAGGACUUUUACAUGGACGAUCUAUUGACCGGUACCUCCUGUAAAAACGAGCUGCAGAUGUUGCAACGGAAUGUCUCGGAUAUUCUAAGCGAAGGUGGUUUUGAGCUUCGCAAGUGGGCGUCGAACUGUGUGGAGCUGAACGAAAAUAUCUCGAACGCAUCCAAAAGCAUUUCGCAUUACAUAGCAGAGGGUAAAGAUGUUCACGCGUUAGGUCUCAUCUGGGACACGGAAGCAGAUAAUUUCACAUUUGCAGUUAAUCUUAAGCAACCACCUGAUGUUUUGACUAAGAGAGCGAGAUUUGGCGUUCCAAAAGUCGAAUGGGAUGAUGUCGUGCCUGACGCGAUCGCAACGCAGUGGUUUCAACAUCGCUCAGAGUUACGAGAUCUUGUAAAUCUAAAAGUUAAUCGCUGGCUUGGUACUGGAACGUUUGGCUCAUCAACUGAACUGCACAUAUUCUCCGAUGUUCAAUAUCCGAUGUUCGCUGGGACAGAUUCAACCAUCACGUUAGCGUGGCUGCAAGCGCACCCCAGCCGGUGGGUGACGUUCAUUGCCAACCGCGUCGCUGACGUGCAAGAAGUCCUACCGCCUAAUUGUUGGAACCACGUCCGCUCUGAGCAGAAUCCUGCUGACUGCGCUUCGAGAGGGGUAACUCCGUCAGAAUUGUUGAGUCACCAGCUGUGGUGGACUGGCCCCGCAUUUCUCCGCACCAAUAAGCAAUUCUGGAAGCAAACCGCAUCCAAGCAUCACACGACUGAAGUUGGCGCUCGAAACAAUGUUCCAGUUCAUGUCGUAAACCCCGACGAGCAUUGGUCAGCGUUGACGAACUAUUCGUCAUAUUAA